UGUCGAUAGCUGAAGCUACCGCACACUUCUGGUAUUUAUUUUCAUAAUAAUAUGCUUUUGCACGAUUCGUAUGUUUAGCACAGGUGUUUUAAUAAAUACAAAACUCCAAAUUAAUAAUUAAUUUAGCACGUAAACAUGGUAAUAACUGUAUAAAGUAACGUUUUCCCUCAAAUAUUAUGUUUUCUCUUAAGUACGUGCUGCCAGGUAGCCAACUAAGCUAAUGUUUACGUGACGUCGAUAAAAAGUUAAGCAAAAAAUAGGCAUAAGACAACUUAGAGGGGUAGUUUCUCGCUUUUGGAGUCAUAUAUUUACCUGUUAUUAUGGGGAAACACUGGUUAAAAUUGUACAAAGACGAAAGCAUGACAUUUUACUUUGAAGGCGAAGUGUUUAUUUGCAAUGCUAACACAGCGAACUUGCCACACAUGGUUCGCUGUCGGCACGGGGAGCAGAAACACACGAUUCGGUUGAAUUGAAAGUUGUUUACUGAUUUUAAACAUGGUUGGAAAGAUAAAACACGUCCGUCAGAAGCUUCACCAGGAGGCAGUGAAGCUCGACAGGCCGGGGAGCCUCUCACAGAGCCUCGGAUCCGGAUUACCCUCCUGUUCAGAGAAGCCUCCGGUCCUGGUGGAACCGCACAGAAUAAGUCCUGCACAUGUGGAAAACAACACGAGUGAUGCCCCCAAACAUGUCAAACAGAUCCUGGCAAAGAGCUCCUUCCCCUCAGGCAUCUUUGCUGGCACUAAAAUCUCUCCAGAGGCUCUGGUACAAACACUGAAGUUUGAGGAGCCUCCAGAUGUGCCCACACCUGCCAAGAAAGGCCCAGACGAGAAGAAAACCAAGUCGAAGAAAGAGAAGAUGAAGGAGAGGAGGGAGAGAUGGCUCAGCAAGAUCAGCUCCAUCAAACAGGCUAAAGAGCAGCAGGUGGCCGAGGCCCGGAGGCAGGCCACGCCUGUGGUGGGAGACAUGAGGCCGCUGGUGGACGCCCUGCCGGAGCUCUGUCAGCUCAUCACUCCCGCUGCCACAGCCCCCACCGCUCGCCACAAGAGCAGGAAAAGCAAAACAUCAACCUUGGAGGAUGAAUUCAUGAUGGACAACCACAUGAAUGUUGAAGAAAACAAAGGACAUGCUCCAGGUGCUCCUGAACUAAUGAAGCUUUCCCACGUUUGGACACUGCAGGUUCUUCCUCUGUGAAAAUUCCUAUUUUGUCUCUUGGUGGUAGCUGCCAACCUACCACACCUCUCCUCACCGGUGAUAAUCCUCCAUAAGAAAUUAGGCUGGAUGGUCACAAAAAUGUGAUCAUCACAGGCCCUGUUGUUGGUGGCGUAGUGUCACUUAACAUCCUGACUCAUGACAGUUACAACUUGAGCUAACAGUUUGAGUCACAGGUUGUACCAAACAGACAUGUAAUACGAAACUGAACGUCUGGUAUUAAACAAACUGGACUAGCAGUACAUUAAACCCGCUGAGUCUCUUAAACUGUGUCAAAACGGCAACCCUCGAACUUGAACUUCAUCUUGGGGAAGAGAAAGAAGUAACAGAGUGACAAAUCUGGUGAGUAUGGUAUGUUGUUCUUUUAUGAUGUUUGGGCUGAAUGUUCUUCCAACAUCUCGAGAUGUUUACAGCAGAAUUCUUCCUUGACAGUCUGACAUGGAGGACGAAGUCAUGGUGGACAACCACAUGAAUGUUGAAGAAAACCAAGAGUGUGCUCCUGACUGAAUGAAGGGUCCCCACUUUUGGACACUGCAAGUUCUUCUUCUGUGAAAACUGCCAUUUCUUCUCUUCAGUGGGGAUCCACGAGGUUACAUUGGAGGAAGAUAUCGCAAAUGUGCACCCACCAAAAGUGUGCUGUCACCUAGCAUUCCCAUUCAUGACAGUUACGCCAUAUUUGCAUGACCUUGAUGUGCUCCAUAAAUGCACACCACAAAAAGUCUCACAACUUUUUGAUCAACCCUGUUGACAUACUCUAAAUAGACCGAAUAGUAGAAGUAAAGGUUUGAGUUACAGUCUAAUACCAAACUAAACAUCCAUUUGGACUAAUAGCACACAAAACCCCUGUUUACACUGUGUAUUUCUCUCAAGAAGUGACCAAACCUUCUACCAAAAUUCUCGUCUAUCAUACUCUAAUGCUUUAGCUCUGUGUGUCAAAAUGUCCGUUUCCUUGUCCUCUCUCCUUC